CUCUCUUUGUACUAUUUCACUCUCAUUUCCCUCUCUUCUCCCUUGCCCGACCGAGGGUCCUCAAAGGACCAAACUUCCACCGGCCACUCUGCUCUCCGACAUCCACUAAAAAGCUCAAAGAGGCAAAUCGACAACCAACCCUCCGAAACGCCUAACUUUCUUCCUUUAAACCUUAACCUAGCCUCCUAACACCCAAAGACCAUGCUCUAUGCUGUAGAUCGACCAUGAACUAGUGCUCCCACCACCAUCAACGGUGGUCGGGCAAACCAAAGCUAACCAAGACCUAAAAUCAAGGCAAACGACAUGUGCACCUUCCCGGACAGCAACGACUCCGACAAAGACCUAGUUCCGAAGAGGCUAUGUUCGACUCAGAGGAAAAACAGGCACCUUUCUCAAAUUGAAAACACAGGAAGCUCUAAUAGGGAAGAAGAGGGAAAAAAGGGUGCUUUUGGGAGCUUAGGAAGAGAUUUGAAAGAAAAAAUGGAGAUAGAAUUGGAGCCGAGGGUGAAGCCAUUGAGUUACAAAGUGAAAGCAACAUCUCGAGAGUCGCCUUCUCAGAAAGCCUCUCACUUACUCGACACCGACCUCAGGACUCAUUGGUCCACUGCUACCAAUACUAAGGAAUGGAUCUUGCUUGAGCUUGAUGAACCUUGCCUAUUGUCACAUAUUCGGAUCUAUAACAAAUCCGUGCUUGAAUGGGAGAUAGCUGUUGGCUUACGCUAUAAGCCUGAGACAUUUGUAAAAGUUCGACCACGCUGUGAAGCACCUCGCCGUGAUAUGAUGUAUCCUAUGAACUACACUCCAUGCCGAUAUGUACGAAUAUCUUGUUUACGAGGAAACCCAAUCGCAAUUUUUUUUAUUCAGUUGAUUGGGAUAUCAGUGACUGGUCUUGAGCCAGAAUUUCAACCAGUUGUUAAUCACCUAUUACCGUACAUCAUGUCAAACAAACAAGAUGCUCAUGAUAUGUAUCUUCAGUUGCUUCAAGACAUGACGAAUCGGUUACAUGUGUUCCUUCCCCAUCUUGAGGCAGACUUCGCCGGUUUUUUAGAUGGUGCUGAUUCCAAUUUACGUUUUCUGGCAAUGCUUGCUGGUCCUUUUUAUCCAAUACUUAACAUAGUGAAUGAAAGAGAUACUGCCAGAUCUACAUGCAUCAUUGCUGAUUCUGAAGUUCCUAGAAAUACUCAGUCAUUGUCAUCAUUGACUAUUUCCUCUAAUUUUGAGCCAAGGAGAUCUCGUAAUACAUCAUCUAUUGUGUUAUCAACUUCCAGUUCUGUCGUGUUUCGUCCAGAUGCAAUUUUUUUGCUGUUGAGAAAAGCAUAUAAAGAUGAUAAUCUAGGAACUGUUUGCAGAAUGGCUUGUAGAAUGCUUCAGAAGCUUAUAGAACCUGUUACAGCAGCAGAAGAAUCAAACCCUUUGACUGAAGUUACACCAGUUUUGGAUGAGUCAUCAAAAUCAGAGUUACAUAAUCCUCUUCACAUGUAUGAUUACUCAAAAUUAUUUGGGGAAGAAUUCCGGUUGAUGGAUGAUCACUGGGACACUAGAAUUCUUAAUGUCUUGGAUGUGGGAGCUGUGGAAGAAGGGAUUUUACAUGUUCUCUAUGCUUCCUCAGCUCUGCAGCAAAUUAGCAGACAGUACUUCUGACUUUUGGUCUGCGUUACCACUCGUACAAGCAUUGCUUCCAGCACUUCGUCCUGUUGUAAGCAGUCAUUCUGAUUAUGUUGAUGAUACUUUUUCUCAGUGGAAACAGCCUUUUAUUCAACAAGCUCUCUCAC